AGUCUGCUCUCAGCCUCCCGCCUUCUCCCCCAGAGGUGGCAGCUGCAAAAACAGAGACGUCUUCAUGAGAGCGGAGGAAGGAACACAGACCUUCUCAUUGAGCAGCAGAGUCAGAGUGGAGCUCUUCAUCUGGGUCGGACCACACACAGGUCUCUGAUCAUCGUCCAUUCUCACCGCAGCCUUCACAGCUCCACUGAUCUGGCUCACCAUGGGCACCUGCCCCACCAGAAGUAGAGCCAACCGGACAGUCUUAGAAAACACAUCUGAACCGGUCGCAGCAGCCCCCCAGGGAGCUCUGACAGUCUCCCUCUUCAACUAUCCGUCCUUCGGCCACACAGAACUGACCAUGUGCAUCGCAGAGAGACUCGACAUCGUAUCCAACGACGGUGAUUUCAUGAUGGUGAAGUCAUCAACCACAGGCCGAGAGAGCUACAUUCCUACCAACUACACAGCCAGAGUCGUGCACGGGUGGUUGUUCUCGGGGAUCAGCAGGUAUAAAGCCGUGGAGCUUCUCAUGCAGUCCAACAACCAGAAGGGGGCUUUUCUCAUCCGAGAGUCGGAGACCAGCAGCGAUUCUUUUUCUCUCUCUGUCCUGUGGAAGACCAACGGCACACGGGCCGACUGUGUGAAGCACUACCGCAUCUCUCGCCUUCAGAAUAGCUGGGUCUACAUCUCACCUGGACUCACAUUCCCCUCCCUGCAGCACCUGGUGGAACACUACUCAGAGUCGGCAGAUGGACUGUGUUGUCCGCUGAGGAGGCCGUGCUUCAUCAGAGGUUUGAGCAGCCCCAGGGAGAGCAGACCUGCUCCUGUAGCUAUCAGGAGGCCCACCAUCAACUGGAAGGACAUUAGCAGGUCGGCGAUCUUCAGAAGAAAGAGAACCGGUUCCGACAACUCCCUGGUCAGCGAGGGCCUGAGGGAGGCCAUCAGCUCCUACAUCCAGCUGACAGAAGGAACCGACCACGGCUGGGACACUUGAAAAGACCUUGACCUCCUUGUCUGGGAAGGAUGGAAUUUUGAGUAACUUCAUUUUAGCUGCUUUGCCAGGUGUGAUGGACUGUUUUAAGCCAGAGCAGCUGGUAAAUAUCUGUGUUUACCUUUUUUCUGAAUGUACUAUGUCUUUGCCUGUACAGGUCGUUUGAAUGUUAUUUUCGUGAUUGUUUUUUUUUCUUGAAAAUAUUAUUUCUAUUUAAUGAUGAAAAUAAAACGGAUUGUU